UCGGCCCUGCCGUUGCCCACUCCGUGGCUCUCGUUUCCGCGACGUGGUCGCCCUCGCCCUGCUGCCCGGGCCGCCAGCCAUGGCCACCGCGCCGAUCUCCCAGGUCCGCCAGAACUACCACCGCGACUGCGAGGCCGCCAUCAACGGCCAGAUCAGCCUGGAGCUGUACGCCUCCUACGUCUACCAGUCCAUGGCCUUCUACUUCGACCGCGACGACGUGGCCCUGAGGAACUUCGCCCGCUUCUUCCAGCGCCACGCCCGCGAGGAGGCCCGGCACGCCGAGAUGCUGAUGGAGCUGCAGAACCAGCGCGGGGGCCGCAUCCGUCUGCGCGACGUCAAGAAGCCCGACCGCGACGACUGGGAGAGCGGCCUGAGGGCCAUGGAGUGCGCCCUGCACCUGGAGAAGAGCGUGAACCAGAGCCUGCUCGACCUGCACCAGCUGGCCACCGACAAGAACGACGCCCAGCUCUGCGACUUCCUGGAGGCCCACUACCUCCGUGAGCGAGUCAAGGCCAUCGAAGAGCUGGGAGGCCAUGUCACCAGCCUGUGCAGCAUGGGGGCCCCGGAAGCCGGCCUGACUGAGUACCUCUUUGACAGGCUCACCCUGCGCCACAGCCACAAAGAGAACUGA